CCGUGAAUUUCCCCUCGUUUUAAUCGCACACUGUCCUAUACGGUUUCGGUGCAGUAGAAUUUUAUUUUUACCUUUGGUCGUUUUACUUCUUUCUUCUGUUUUGGCAGUUCGGUUGGGUCAAAAAUUGUGUGAAUUUUAAUUUGUUCUUAAGUAAUUCCGCCACUGCAACAUUGUUUCAACGAGGCAUUUGUGAUUCACGAACGUACGUCGUGCGGGGGAUUUUCGCGGAUAUUAAUUGUCCGAACCCGUGAGAGUUACGGUCACUUGAAGACGCCAACCAAAAAAAAAAUGUGAGAAAGUGCCAACAAGGGGGGGAGCCAAAAAAGUGAAGAGAAAUCACCGAAAAUUAUGCUGCUUUCAUCGUUGUUUCGAUCAGCUGAGACGAAGAAACGAAAAUGAAACUCAACAUCAAAAUCAUAACCUCAAACUUAUCAUCGCAAGUCUGUGCGGUUUCGUGUGAGUGAAGCGUUUCUGGUUGUUUUACACCUCGCCGACGAUCGUCACUCAUUACACAAAUCGCUUAGUCGUCGCGACGACCGUAGGUCCUCCACUGUGCAGGUCAAAGUCGAACCCAGGGAACACCCCAGCGGCGUCGGGCAGUUGUUGCAUAACCAGGACUGGAAGUUCUGGACGUCGCCGCAGGAGAGUACGGCUGGCAGGUCACACGGUGGCGACUGGGAGUAGGUAGGGUUUGUGGCAUCCCAAAGCAUCCAACAUGGCCUCUUUCGGCGUGUGGGACUACGUCGUGUUUAUCGCCAUGCUGAUGGUGUCGGCCGGCAUCGGCAUCUACUACAGGUUCUCCGGCGGAAAGCAGAAAACUACGACGGAGUACCUGCUCGCCGACCGGAACAUGUCGAUCUGGCCCGUCUCGUUCAGCCUGAUGGCCAGCUUCAUGUCCGCCAUCACGCUGCUAGGCGUCUCAAACGAAAACUACCAGUUCGGCACCCAGUUCGUGGUGAUCAACAUCUCGUACGGGCUGGCCACCCCCAUCGCGGCGUACCUCUUCCUGCCGGUAUUCUUCAAGCUGCAGGCCUGCAGCGCCUACCAGUACCUGGAGAUGCGCUUCGGCAAGAAGACCCGCCUAGUUGCAUCGCUAGCUUACACGCUGCAGAUGAUUCUGUACAUGGGAAUCGCUGUUUACGCACCGGCCUUGGCUCUCGAGGCGGUCACCGGGCUGGACCAGACGUACUCGAUCCUGGCGAUCGGCAUCGUGUGUACGUUCUACUCCACGAUCGGCGGCAUGAAGGCGGUUCUGUUUACGGACGUGUUCCAAUCGGUGCUGAUGUUCGCGGCGAUCUACGCCGUCAUCAUCUGUGCGGCAGUUAAAGCCGGCGGACUGGGUCCGAUCUGGGAGGCGGCCGAAAAGGGUGGACGGUUGGAGUUGUGGAAUUUUGAUCCAGACCCAACAACGCGACACACCUGGUGGUCGCUGGUUAUUGGAGGCAUGUUCACCUACCUAUCGCUGUACGCCGUCAACCAGACGCAGGUUCAGCGACUUCAAACCGUCAAGGAUCUCAAGUCUGCACAGAAAGCGCUUUGGCUAAACUGGCCCAUCCUGUCGCUGCUGAGUUUGAGUACCUCGUUCAGCGGUCUAGCGAUCUACUACUUUUACAGCACAUGCGAUCCAUUGAAGCAGGGUCGCAUCAAGGUCCGUGAUCAAACCAUGCCGCUGUUCGUGGUGGACGCCAUGGGUAGUAUGCCGGGUCUUCCCGGCUUGUUUGUGUCGGGGAUCUUUUCGGCGAGUCUUUCGUCGGUGUCGGCUGCACUCAACUCACUAGCUGCCGUUACACUGGAGGACUAUCUGAAGCCACUGUACGCCAAAAUUAAGGGACGACCUCUGCCCGACAUGCAGUCCAGCUUCCCCACGAAGGUUAUGGCCUUUGUCUACGGAAUUAUCUGCUUAGCGGUAGCCUUCGUAGCUCAGUUCAUGGGAGGGGUUUUGCAAGCUUCGUUGACCAUUUUCGGCGUCAUCGGUGGACCACUGUUUGCCCUGUUUUCGUUGGGGAUGUUCACCAAGCGAGCAAAUCAGAGGGGUGUUAUCGUGGGUCUCGUGACGGGGAUCGCAUUCUCCCUAUGGGUUGGCUUUGGUCAGCCUCGGCCACCGCUCAAAAUGCUGGACUUUUCCGUAGAGGAUUGCAGCCAGUUCGGCGGAUACAACUCCACCACAAUCACCCCAAUGGUGAUGGCCCAACGGGUAGACCGCCCAGACUCGGACUACUUCUACCUGUACCGACUAUCCUACCUGUGGUCCGUGGUACUUGGCUACGUCCUAACAUUCAUCGUAGGUUACACCGUAAGUCUCACCCUGCGGUGGCUGGGCCACCAGGGCACGGAGCGGAUCUACCUGGACAACGACCACGUCUACAUCAACACGGAUCUCUUCUCCCCACCGGUGGCCAAACACAUCAAGCGGGCACUUGCGAGGCACAUCGAGAACGGCGGAGAAGUCGAAAUUACCAAACGCCACGGCAUCAACAAAUCAGAUUUCACCCACCUGUGAUGACCAUCUCAUUGCUCAUACCCCCCAAAAUCCUAAUUGUAAAGAAAAAAAAACACUUAGACUGUCCCCCGAUGCUGAACGUACCUUAGGCGGAUCUCCCGAGAGCUCCAACCUUGUAGUAUAUACAAAUUGUUAAAAGUAUUGUCCGCGUGAUUGGAAAACAGUGUAGUGAACGUGUGUGACCCCUCCCCGCAACCCUCAAAAACUCUCGACGCCACCAUCAAUCCUGCAUCCCAAAUCAACAGCCAUUGUUGGAUACAGGAUUGAUGUUUGUCUCUCGAGUUCAUAAAAUCGAUUGCACAAAAUCUUAAAAUCAUCUAAUCUUAAGAAAAACAACAGCAACAAAAACGGAUUGCCACAGUGCCGCAUUUCAUGAAAGUGAGCAAACUAAAGUCUUCCAAAAAAUGAAAAAGUACUAUAGGUAGUAGUUACAAUACAAUUAGUUGCAUACUGAUCGGUGUAGAUGUUUAGAAAACGCGAUUGUUAUUAUUAUUUCAAACGUGAAACGGAAUUACUUAAUUGGAGCGUAGAGUUUGUUUUUUAAAAGCUUACUGACUAUAGGCAUUAACUUAAGAGUUUUUAGUUUAAAGUGUGAGUUAUGUAAACUGUACAACAAUUGCGCAGGGAUUUUUUUUUGUUAUAGAAUUGUGGUUUAACUGCAAUAUUGUUACGAAAUAAAUGUAUGUCAAAAUGUAAAAAUAUA